AUGGCAACUCCACAGAAUGGUGUGGUGAUCGUCUCCAACAUUAAUAAUUCUGCUCGAGCUGCUUUCUCAUGCAACAAGGGCUACAAGUUGAUAGGGGAGGCCACUCUAAGUUGUCUUCCAGACGCAACAUGGUCAGGGCUGCCACCAACUUGCUCUUGUGAGGCCUUCCAAAAGCCUGUCCAUGGCAACCUAUCUCAGAGUAGCAACGGCACACAGGCAAUGGUGACGUGCGGUGAAGGUUACACGCUUUCUGGCGAUACCUUGAUUGACUGCUCUGUGGCCACUGCCCUCACAACCUACACACCACCUACAUGCACCUUAUGUCAGCCUCUGCUGACACCUACUGGCUACACAUUGAGCACAGACGGUUCCCGUACUGUGGCUCUGUACAGCUGUGAGGUUGGUUCCACUCUUGUUGGCCCCAGCACCACUUCCUGUAGACCAGAUGGAACAUGGGACACUUCACCACCCAGAUGUGUGACCUGUGACAGCCUGGGGCGCCCCCCAGGGGGAGAUGUGAGUCUGAUGUAUGAAGGUACAGCCACCCUAGCCGUGUUCUCCUGUGAUGUGAACCACACCCUGUUGGGGGCCCCAGCCCUCACCUGCAGGGAUGACGGGUCCUGGAACUUCAUGGAGCCACAGUGUGUGAAAUGCCCGAGCUUAACUCCCCUCUUGAGUGGAACCAUCAACCUAACAACUGACGGUACCCGACCUACAGCCAGAUUUUCCUGCACAGCAGGGUACCAUCUCGAUGGUGUUGCCAUGGUGACCUGUGCUGCGUCCAGCAAUAGCGCAUCUUCAUGGGAUAGCAGCAUCCCUACUUGCAAAUGUGACCCCGCAGCCUCCCUUGCUAAUGGCACCAUGACGACGUCCCCUGACGGGCGCACUAUGACCUACACGUGUAACACGGGGUACAGUCUGGCAGGUCCUAACAGCAGGCUCUGUACAACCAAUGGGACAGGCUGGAGUGGUAGUCAGCCAUCUUGUGUGUUCUGCAGUAUGCCCACAGUGCCAGCUAAUGGUUCACUGCAACUAUUGACCAAUGGUCAGUCUACUGUUGCCCUUGUGACAUGUGCUACUGGCACAACCCUAAGUGGACAGCAAAACAUCACCUGUACUUCAAAUGGCAUCUGGAACUUGGCCCUUCCAUCUUGUGUGACCUGCCCAUCAUUGAUGCCCCUAACCUCUGGUAAAACAGAGAUCAUUAGUAACGGGUCGGUAACAAUGGCAGCAUUCACCUGCAACCUCAACUACACAGUGGCUGGGGACCAGAGACUUACCUGUCAACCGGAUGGCAAGUGGUCUGGGAGCCAACCUGUCUGUGCUGCGUGUCCAUCAUUGAAACAAGUACAACAAGGAGCAGUAGUCAUAACAACUGACGGAAGGUUGACUUCUGCUGCAUUCUCCUGUAACCAAGGUUACCAACUCACAGGCAGUGGCACUCUGCAAUGUACUUCAGAUGGAUUAUGGGACCUCUCUCCACCUGCUUGUGUUUGCAAGAGUUUUACGCAGCCGACAAACGGACAUCUGACAGUAUUGACCAAUGGGAGUACAGCUGUGUACACAUGUGACGCAGGUUAUACACUUAGAGGGGCUACAACAUACUCAUGUGACACACAUAUUGGCAACACUUCACUAGUGACAGCGCCUUCUUGUAAUACAUGCAACACCCUGAGUGUUAACCCCGGCGUGCGCAGUGUGCGAUACUCAGACAGUGUAAAGACCUACAUGAACUUCUCAUGUGAUGAAGGCUAUACAUUGGUGGGUGAUGCGGUCAUCAGUUGUCGUAGCGAUGGCACAUGGAACAGCUCUCUGCCUAUCUGCGUGAUAUGUGAAGAACUGUCCAGUCCGUAUGGUGGAAACAUCACCAUGACAACCAGUGGGUCUGUCACCUCUGCCUAUGUCACAUGUGUCUCAGGCUUCUCUCUGAUUGGUCAAUACAAACUAACAUGUCGUUCUGAUGGGUCGUGGGAUUUCCGAAUGCCAACUUGUGAAUGUGAGCCACCUGCCGAGCCAGCCCACGGAAGCAUGUCAAUCACAGGAGGCCUAUCAGCAGCGUACAGAUGUAACGUGGGAUACACACUGCUUGGACCUGCCAUUAGGACUUGUAGAGCAGACGGUACAGGGUGGUCUGGCAAUGAACCCAGUUGUGAACAAUGUGAUGACAUACAAGCUGGUCCAAACCAAAACCUCUCCCUGGUAACAGAUGGACAUACAAGCCAGGCAGUAUUCCAGUGUGACCCCGGCUUCUCAUUGUCCCAUAGCAACAAUGUCACAUGUCAUGGCGAUGGCACGUGGGAUGGACCUCUACCUGUUUGUGUGCGUUGCCCAUCUAUGAGCACCAGUUCAGGCCUGUCCUACGUUGUGUCUGCCACUGCCGGGGGCCAGUCUGUGGCCUCGUUCCGGUGUGCAGACGGCUACUCUAUAGAGGGCGCCUUACAGGUCACAUGUCUGCGCAAUGGCACUUGGGACACUAAGCAGCCAACCUGUGUGCAGUCCUCUGGUCUUACCUCGGGAGGGGGAGAGUGCAGCAACUCAACUGUCACUGCUCUGAUAGUAGUCUUGGUCCUGGUUGUCAUAGUUGCAGUCGCCCUGGGUUACCUAGCCUGGAGGUACUGGAGGAAGUACAAGACAGAGAAUACUCGCACUAUCACUUAUUCCCAAAGGCAGCCUAUUAAAACUAGUCCAGAAGGGCAUUAUAUGUUCGAUGACCUUGACAUGAAAAUACCAGACAUGCAACCCCCUCGAGGUCACCAGCGCCACAUAACUGAGCUAGGCGGAAUACCAGAAUUGACAUCUCCACCUUUGUUUUCUGGUCGCCACAUCACGUUAAGUGGCAUGGUUUCACCUUCAAUGGGCCCAGUUACCACUAGAGACAUUGAAAUCCAAAAACAUCCAAAAAGCAGUUAUUCUCAAGGGAGUCGAUCAAAUGAUAGUUUUGGUACUUCAACAUUUGAAUCAUUUUUACCUGUACCAAAGGAAAGAAAGAAACACGGCCUUCAUAGUCCCACUAAUAGAAAACCUCCAGAAGGCAGUGAAAAUGAAAGUGGCAUUAACUCACCAGCAGAAACAUUACAGGCAUCUUCUCAAUUAGAUCGUCUAACCUUACCUGAACAAAUACUCACACCAAGAAAUCCUGAAGAAUUGAAAGCAGCAGAAUCAGCAAAGAAGUCGAGACAAAGAAGAAAUUCAUCUAAAGGUGGUGAGACAGAAAAGGAGAGGAGACAAAGGAAAAAGAGUGACCUGAUUGAUAAGGACAAAGACUUUCUGAGGGUGAUAAAGGGGGACCGAUCAAGCUCCCCUAUGGCCCCUCGUACCCCCUCACCCUACAAGAUAAGUGGUACUAGCCAGGACUACGAGGUGGACGAAAUGGAUGCUUAAAUGAGUCACGUUCUGGGAAAACUAGGCUAAAUGCAUGUGUGUAAAGUGUUAUCCGAAAUUAGGCUGUGCAGACAACACUUUUCAUCUAAUCUAGAUUUUCGUUAAAAAGAAAGAUAUUUUAUUCGAAAUAAUCCACACAAGUGAAAAGUAUCGUCUCUAAUUAGCCAAUGCAGACUGCACACGCUUCUCUGGGAUGGCGCUUUACGCACAUGCAUUAAGCCUAGUUUUCGGUUUUAUUUUGGAACAUUGCUCAUAGAAUUGCAUGCAUUGGGUAAAACUAAAGCAGCCAUGUCUUUUUCUAUUUUUAUUAUGAAUUUUACGUUUAAUAUUUAAAGUUAGUAAAUAAUGCAAAGAGUUUCAUAUUUUACAAUGUAUUAAAAGUAUGAAUUAUAUUCAGAUACCCAGAAAAUGUUAUCUUUAAGUUUUGACUUAAAAGGUUUGUGAAUACAAGCCUUGUGUGAUUUUGAGAUCACAGGGUUAGGGUUAGGGCUAAGGGCCUGUGCUCAUGGGGGAUAUUGUGUUCACCAUAUGUCGGGCAUCAAGCCUGGUAUGGUGUGCCAAGUCAAUUGUUAGCUUGUUAACAAUCAAGAGGCAACAUUUUUAUCAAGCUUGAAGAAAAUUAAUCAGUCAUAACGUUUUUGUUGAGAAUAUCUAAGCCAACUUCCGGUUUGGGUAAAAGGUAGUCAAAAAGUUGAUCCCAAGGUUUUUAAAAUGAUUAUAUUCAUGCAGACUGACACGAGAAAUUCAUGACUUACCAGACAUCCAACCAAAGUUCGCCCAUCAAAUGGAACUGGAGUUUUGUUUUGAUAAUGGUGUUAUUAUUUUACAUUGUGUGUGUGUGUAUACAUAAACAGCAAAUGUCUAUGUUGAACUAAAUUAAACUCAUAAUCAGGGUAGAUUCAACAUAUAUUGAAAUUAUACAUAAACAUUGUAUUGAAAACUUUAAUAAAAUUUAUUAUUUGGUGUUCAAUUCCAAAUUUAAAAGUUAGUUUAAAUGUCAAGUUAUUAUGAGUUUGCGUUGAUGUUUUUGUCACUC